AUGUCUAUAGAACCCUUGUUUUGUGCAGCCCUGCAAACCAAUAGAUCACCACUGCUCACUAUAGACAUAGAGGGAAUCACAGACACUCAAACUGCUCUAAUUGAUUCUGGUCCCCCUGCUAACUUCAUUGAUCCCCAAUUUGCCCGUUCUCACAACAUUCCACUCAUUGAAUUGGAUUCCCCAUGCUCUGUCAUUGGCAUUAAUGGCAAACAAGUCCGCAACCCUAUCUGUUUCAAGGCUUGGUUAGUCUUUAGCUCUCAAAACAGGCGAUUUUCCGCCAUCUUCUAUGCUCUUCCCCUUGGAAACAGAAACCUUAUCCUUGGAACCCCAUGGCUCAGAUUGGCUAAUCCAGACAUUGAUUGGACCACUAUGAAAGUUUCACUCCGCUUAGCUACAGAAGCACGAGCUGGCAGCAUCAAUCCUGAGCCCCAGAACCUCCCUGUUGAAUUCCAGGAGUUCCAGAAAGUGUUCAGUGAAGAGUUCUUUACCACACUGCCAGAACAUUGCCCCUAUGACAUUGCUAUUGACCUGGAAGAAGACAAACAGCCUCCCUAUGGCCCUAUCUAUUCUAUGACCCCUGCAGAGAGAGAAGCACUCAAGGAACACAUUGAUUCAGAACUUGCAGCUGGGAAGAUUGUGCCAACCACCUCACCAGCAGGAGCUCCAGUGAUGUUUGUAAAAAGGGCUGAUGGCAGGCUUUGCUUAGUGGUGGACUAUUGCCGGCUAAAUGCCAUCACAAUCAAGGACAGAUAUGCACUACCCAGACAGGACAAGCUAAUUGAGAAAUUGCGCCAUGCUAAGAUCUUCACAAAGCUAGAUUUGAGGAAUGGAUAUCACAACAUCAGAAUCAAGGAAGGAGAUGAAUGGAAGGCUGCAUUUUGCACUGCCCUUGGUCACUUUGCUCCCACAGUCAUGCAAUUUGGCCUUAGCAACGCCCCAGCUGUGUUCAUGCGCUUCAUGAACAACAUAUUCCAUGAUUUACUUGACAUCUCUGUGGUUGUGUAUUUGGAUGAUAUCUUGAUCUUCUCAAACUCAAGAGAAGAGCAUGUGGAACAUGUCAAGGAAGUCUUAUCUUGCUUGCUGAAGCAUAAUUUAUUCUGCAACCCUGCCAAAUGCUACUUCUUUGUCACAGAAGUCACCUACAUUGGUCUUGUGAUUACUCCUAAGGGCAUCUCCAUGGAGAAGGACAAGGUGCAAGCAAUCAUGGAUUGGCCUGAACCCCAAAAUGUGAAACAGGUGCAAUCAUUCCUAGGUUUUGCAAACUUCUACCGUUGCUUUGUUCCCAACUUCUCUUGCUUAGCACACCCUCUGAAUAUCCUUACUCAGAAGGAGCAACCAUGGAUCUGGCUAGUAGAACAGAAGGCUGCAUUUGACGCAAUCAAGGCUGAGAUUUGCAAGGAGCCUGUUCUAGCUCACCCUGAUGAAUCUAAACCUUACACCUUGGAAACAGACGCUUCUGGAGCAGCCAUGGGUGCUGUACUAUCUCAGAGAAAGGAAGAUGGUCAUCUAUAUCCUGUUGCAUUCAUGUCAGCCAGUUUUUCACCUGCUGAGCUGAACUAUGUGUUGUACACCACUGUAAUGUGGGUACUCCCUAGUGGGGCGGGCGCUUAA